AGCCCUGGGUUCCGCGUCUCCGAGAGUUGGGUUGACUGCAGACCGUACUGCUGCUGCUCCAUUAGGAGCAGGAGCUAGGAUCCCGCCGGCUGACCUCACCGAUUACUCCCUUCUCCCUCCCCCUCCCUCCUCUCCGCGGCAUUCUUCCUUGUCCAGAUACCCCCCGCGGAGUGCUGUCUGCUCGCCAGGAGCGGCGAAGAGGCGGGGAGCGCGCAGGUUCGUGGAUUCCUUCCCCCGCCAUCCUUCUGCUCUGUGGAUGUUGCACUCGGGGUCUCCGGAGAACUUUACUUCGGGCUGGAGCAGCGAUUGCUAGAAGGCAGAGAAAAGAGGGGAGGAGUAGGACCGAUCUCGGCGGCAGGAGGAGAAGGAGAGGCACGGGCUAGUGUGAGUGUGAUUGUGGGAGAGAGAUGCGGUUAUUGCAUGGGCGUGUGUGAGGCUUACUCCCCGAUGUGCUUCGGGCCGGAGGCGGCGGCGGCGGCGGGGCUGCUGCGCUCAGGCGGACUGCUUCCCUUCGAGUAACACCCCGGGAAUUGCUCGGGUCGGGUUGCCGCUGCUACUACUACUGCGGAUUUUGUGCAACUGCACAGAAGAUUUUUCUCUCCUCCCCUCCUGCUCUUUUCCCCCACCUCCCUCCUCCCCCUCCAAACCCGAGACUGCUUAGUGCAUGUCCUUGCUUGGACCACUCCUCCCUGCGCGCGCUCUCUCCCUGCUCCCUCUGCACUUUUUCCUGCCUCAGUAUUCCUCUCCCCCGGCUCCGGUCGUUGGCGAUAAUUGGGCUCUGAGCCUUCGCCCCCAGUUCCGUAUCUCUUUUCCCUCGAGCCGGCCCGUGUGAGUGUGAGACAAGAGGGGAGGGCAGUUCCCUCCCCCUCUGCGCCCCCCCCCCAUCCUCGCCCGGCGGUAUUGGUUGACAUUUCUUUCUACUACUCUUCCUGGAUUUUGCCUCCGCCGGGAGAAGCCGUCGUCUCUUUUCCUGGGGUUAUUUUUGCUUUAUUUUUCUUGGUUGGUUCGCUUUGGCUGGGGGUGUUCCUUGCCACCUGCAAGUUUCAAGCCGCCGGGAUAGGAGGAAAGCAAAAGCAAGACAGUCCGAAGGACAGCCCGCCGAAGGAUUAAUUUUCUUGGGACCCAAGCGGCGCGCAGAUCUGGGUGGGAGGGGAGAAAGGAGGAGGGGGAGUGAGUAACCUUCCUUCCUUUGCAUCACUCGCUGCAUCGGGGGCUCGGAGCCUCCGUGUGUGAGUGUGUGCGAGAGCGCGCGCGGGAGCGCCUGUGUGUGCCUGUGUGCGAGUGAGCCCGUGCACACACCUACAUCAGCUCCCGGACUGAGUGACUCCUCUUGUGCACUUUGGGUGUUGUGUGCCCCCUGGAAACUCCCCAGCGCCCAGAGGGAGGGCGGGCGGACAGGCGGCGGCCCCGGCGCGCGAGGACCGGGGAAGCGAUGUGGCAGUGAGUCUGGAGGCGAAGCAGCAACAGCCGCCGUCGCAGGGAGAGGGCCAGGGGCCAGAUCCUUGUCCGGUCUGGGAGUGAGUGUGUGAGUGUGUGUCCCGGCGGGAUCUCCCAGCCUCCACGCCUUGCUCGAAUCGUCCCCACCGGGAUUAAAGUUGGAGAUUGAGCUGUCCAGGAGCAAAGCCGCGGCGGCCGUCCGAACGAUGUUCCCGCAAAGCCGGCACCCGACCCCGCAUCAGGCUGCGGGGCAGCCCUUUAAAUUCACCAUCCCGGAGUCCCUGGACCGGAUCAAGGAGGAGUUUCAGUUCCUGCAGGCUCAGUAUCACAGCCUUAAAUUGGAAUGUGAGAAACUGGCAAGUGAAAAGACAGAAAUGCAGAGGCACUAUGUGAUGUAUUAUGAAAUGUCAUAUGGAUUAAACAUUGAAAUGCAUAAACAGACUGAAAUUGCCAAGAGGUUGAAUACAAUUUGUGCACAAGUCAUCCCGUUUCUGUCUCAGGAACACCAGCAACAAGUGGCCCAAGCCGUUGAACGUGCCAAGCAAGUGACCAUGGCUGAGCUGAAUGCCAUCAUCGGGGUACGUGGCCUUCCAGGUCUACCUCCUACACAGCAGCAAUUGCAGGCCCAGCACCUCUCCCAUGGCCAUGGACCUCCAGUGCCUCUUACACCCCAUCCUUCAGGACUCCAACCCCCUGGAAUCCCACCCCUUGGAAGCAGCGCUGGCCUCCUUGCGCUCUCCAGUGCUUUGAGUGGGCAGCCUCACCUGGCAAUCAAAGAUGACAAGAAACACCAUGACACAGAACACCACAGAGACAGAGAACCAGGCACAGGCAAACUUCGGGGACCUGUGCAGACCCGGAGUGUGAGGAGUAAUUCUUUACUGGUCCCGGACAGCCUGCGAGGAACAGAUAAACGGCGGAACGGGCCUGAAUAUUCCAAUGAUAUCAAGAAGAGAAAGGUGGAGGACAAGGAUGCCAGCCACUAUGACAGUGAUGGGGAUAAAAGUGAUGACAACUUGGUUGUGGACGUGUCCAAUGAGGAUCCCUCGUCCCCACGGGCAAGCCCGACUCACUCCCCCCGGGAGAAUGGCAUCGACAAAAGCCGCCUGCUGAAGAAAGAUGCUUCAAGUAGCCCAGCCUCCACGGCCUCCUCAGCGAGUUCCACCUCUUUGAAAUCCAAAGAAAUGAGUUUGCAUGAAAAAGCCAGCACACCCGUUCUGAAAUCCAGCACACCAACUCCUCGGAAUGAUGUGCCAACUCCGGGCACCAGUGCCACUCCAGGACUCCGUCCAAACCUUGGCAAACCUUCAGCAAUGGACCCCCUCGUGAACCAAGCUGCUGCUGGUUUGAGGACGCCCCUGGCAGUGCCCGGCCCCUACCCAACUCCAUUUGGAAUGGUCCCCCAUGCUGGCAUGAAUGGAGAGUUGACCAGUCCCGGGGCAGCGUACGCGAGCUUACACAACAUGUCUCCUCAGAUGAGCGCUGCCGCUGCCGCAGCCGCCGUAGUCGCCUAUGGCCGUUCCCCGAUGGUUGGGUUUGAUCCUCCUCCUCACAUGAGAGUACCCACAAUCCCUCCAAACCUGGCAGGAAUCCCUGGGGGAAAGCCUGCAUAUUCCUUCCACGUCACUGCCGAUGGUCAGAUGCAGCCUGUUCCUUUCCCCCCCGACGCCCUCAUCGGCCCCGGGAUCCCCCGUCACGCCCGUCAGAUCAACACCCUCAAUCACGGGGAAGUGGUGUGUGCGGUCACCAUCAGCAACCCCACCCGGCACGUGUACACCGGGGGGAAGGGGUGCGUCAAAGUCUGGGACAUCAGCCAACCCGGCAAUAAGAGCCCCGUCUCUCAGCUGGACUGUCUGAACAGAGAUAACUACAUCCGUUCCUGUAAAUUGCUGCCUGAUGGCUGCACCCUCAUAGUCGGAGGGGAAGCCAGCACGCUAUCCAUUUGGGACCUGGCGGCCCCCACUCCGCGGAUCAAAGCGGAGCUGACGUCCUCGGCCCCCGCCUGCUACGCCCUGGCCAUCAGCCCCGAUUCCAAGGUCUGCUUCUCCUGCUGCAGCGACGGCAACAUUGCCGUGUGGGACCUGCACAACCAGACAUUGGUCAGGCAGUUCCAGGGCCACACAGACGGAGCCAGCUGUAUUGACAUUUCUAAUGAUGGUACCAAGCUCUGGACUGGGGGUUUGGAUAACACGGUGCGAUCCUGGGACCUACGAGAAGGGCGGCAGCUCCAGCAGCAUGACUUCACCUCACAGAUCUUCUCCCUUGGAUACUGUCCUACUGGAGAAUGGCUAGCAGUGGGGAUGGAAAGCAGCAAUGUGGAAGUUCUCCAUGUAAAUAAACCUGACAAGUACCAGUUGCAUCUUCAUGAGAGCUGUGUGUUGUCACUGAAGUUUGCUUAUUGUGGUAAAUGGUUUGUGAGUACAGGAAAAGAUAACCUCCUUAAUGCUUGGAGGACUCCCUAUGGAGCCAGCAUAUUUCAGUCCAAAGAGUCCUCAUCAGUGCUUAGCUGUGACAUCUCGGUGGAUGACAAAUACAUUGUCACUGGUUCCGGGGACAAGAAGGCUACAGUCUACGAAGUAAUCUACUGAAGAAAAAAAGAAAAAAAAAGAUGUGGUUUUAACGUUUAGAGUUGAACUGGGCCAAAAUGUUUUAAAUCUGUAGAAGUAGAAAGGUUGUAACUUAAAAAGGAACAAGAAAAAUGUUUCCCAAAAAUCUUAACCCGCAAUUCCUCCAACUUUAAGAAGAAAGCAACAUCCGUGGCACCUUAAGAUCAGCUGAAGCCUGAAGCAAAAGGGACAGAGGUAGCCAAUGCCUGUGGAGUAAGAAACCGAGUCUGCUGAAGAUCGCUGGAGCUUUUGAUUUUUCUAUGUGACCUCCUGCAGAUCGCGCUCAUUGCCUGAAUAUGUGAGAUUACCUUUCUGUUCCUUGCAGUUCAACUUGCAUUCUGUCCUGUGUAGAGCAGUGGUGUCUCCAAUGAACUCGUUCCCUGGUUUUGCAUCUUGUGAUAUGUUUUUUGUAUUUUUGUUGAAGGUCAGACAUUUGUAUAAAUUGUAAAUAUAUUUGGUUUAUUACAGUAAAGGCUUUAGUACCAACAAGCAGUCUUUUCCCGUCCUUAUUAAGUCUUAGUCAAAGCCUUUGGGGCUACUGAUAUGUCUUCAAAGCCGGCUCGAAGCUACAUAGUUUGAAAAGUGAAUGGUUCUGCCUCCCUCAAUCAAAAACAUUUGUUCAGGAACUCUUUGUUUCAUGUUUACCAAGCUGGACACACUUCUGAAUUGCAGAAACCUUGGAAUCCGAACAGUUUGCCUUAAAAUGAAAUGCUUGAUCAGUAGUGAAAAUGGCAGUUUUCAAUGGGAAGCUGAACUCACAUCAUGCAAACGCAUUGCCUCUCUUCACCGCAUACUCACGAUUAGACUUCACAGGCCGGAACAGUGGCCCACUCCAGGGCUUUCCGCGGAGAACCCGAAAACCCUGUGUGACUCUCAUUUUACGUGGCUUCUUUUGAUCUGACUUUGCAGUUGUUUGUCGGGGGGCAGUGGUGGGUUUUUGGGGUUUUUUUUGCCACCUGGAAUUCAGAAAGCACAGAAUAUGGUUUGCAGUAGAGGAUGAUUUUUCUCGAUGGGAUUACAAAUGUGUUUGAGCUGUGUUGGGAAUGGGUAGCGAAGGUGUUCGAGUUGGCAGCCUUGUGGUUACAUUUCGCCCCUUCCCAAUUCCUGCCCUUUUUGGUCUUUGCAACACCCCCUUGGAGCAGAACUACAUAUUUUGGAGCAGUAUUUCUGUAAUGUUUUCAGGGCCAGAAAGGAAUAAAUGAACACCAAAAAAAAA